ACUAUGAUAGCAGUUGGACUUGGUGUUGCAACUGUUGCAUUUGCAGGUCGUUAUGCUUUCCACCUUUGGAAACCAUUAGAGCAGGCAAUUACAGAGACAGCAAAGAGGAUUUCAACUUCUAGUCUUUCAUCGUACUAUAGAGGGGGAUUUGAACAGAAAAUGAGUAGGCGAGAAGCUGGUCUUAUUUUAGGUGUAAGUCCAUCUGCUGGCAAGGCCAAAAUCAGAACAGCCCAUAGAAGAAUCAUGAUUUUGAAUCAUCCUGAUAAAGGUGGAUCACCUUACUUAGCAACAAAAAUAAAUGAAGCAAAGGACUUGUUAGAAUCCGCUGCCAAAAAUUGA